GCUUGGUGCUGUGCACAUGAGGGCCAGUGGCCUGUGUAUUCAUAAAAAUGUUGCUCUUGCAUAAUGUCAUAAUAUCUUGGUGAUCUGACAAUUAGGUGGUUGUUUAAAUAUUUAUGCAGUUGGAGUCCUGUUUUCAUUGUGACAACCAGCAAAUGUUCACAGAUGGAGGAAGUGUAAUCAACAGUUAAAUGUUAGUUCUGUCAUUUGUGAUUUAAUGAAACUGAAAACAAGUUUUAUAUCUAGAAUAUUUUUACUUAUCAUUGGAGAUACUUUUUAUGGAUAUUUGUAGCUGAUUUUAAACAUUGUUCAUGACUUAUAAAAAGGAAAAACCUGCUGGGGGUAGCCUCUGGUGUUUCAGACCCCCUGCUAAAGAAAUUGCCUACCAUGAGGUGGAAGGUCCUAGAUCAAGGACAAGAAGAAAAAGUGUUCCAAAUUCUCCUGUGCAAUUAGCUGAUGAGCCGUCUUCACAUAGAAUACAGAAUACAUUCAAGAAUAUAUCCAGAAAAGUCAAACGACGGCCUUCAAAUAAGCCUACAUCAUCUAGAGAGAAACUGAAACGAUCAGCUAGCAUGAUGCCACACCUUAAGGCAUCUCGCAGUCAAGACUCUUUGUUAAAUCCUGAAACAUCACUCGGCGUUGAUCUCAUGUCGAACGAUAUGCAGAUACGCCCUCUACAUAGCAGCAUUCUGGCACAAGAUCACUGCUUUCAGAUCACUUCCAGUCUAGGUUCAAAAUUCUAUUCAUGUCGAUCGUCAAGUGAACGGGAGAAAUGGAUAGAAAGCAUACUAAGCACGGUGGAUCCCGAUAAAGAUGAUAAGCGAAGGCAAUUUCGUAGCUUACGCUUAUGGAUUAUGGAAGCUAAGAAACUGUCAGCAAAUUCCAAGAAAAGUAGGUACUUUUGUGAAAUAUUCCUUGAUGAUGACAUUUAUGCUAAGACGACAUCAAAACAGUUAAUUGGAAGUGACAAAUGCUACGAAGAAGUAUUUUGGAGUGAGCAGUUCAAAUUGUACUCGUUUCCUGAUAUGAAUUCAUUGACAAUUCAUUUAUUUCGUGAGCAGGACGGCAAAAAGAAGAACAAAGAUGUUGGCAAUGUGCACAUCCCAAUGAAUGAUCUCAAAUCUACGAUUGAUAGCUGGUUUGAUGUGACCACGCCCAAGAGCAGCGAAACCCCGUCAAUACGCAUUAAAGCUUCCUACCAAUGCAUUGAUAUACUUCCUUUGCAACAGUAUGCCGAGUUUUCAGAGUUUUUGAGAACAAAUGCUGUUGGCCUGUGUGGUAUUUUACGGACUAUACAAGCAAAGGCGAAGGAAGAGAUUGCAACAUCGUUGGUGGCGGUAUUACACAGCCUUGGUACUGUCAAAGACUUCCUAACUGAGAUGGUCAUCCAGGAGUCAGAACAGGAAAAAGAUGAAAAUAAUGUUUUACGAGCAAACUCCAUGGCAACUAAAUCCAUUGAAGCAUACAUGAAGCUGAUUGGUGGAAAGUACUUACAAGACACAUUAGGGGAUUUUAUAUUGAGUAUUUAUGAGUCUGAAGAAUCCUGUGAGGUGGAUCCCUCUAAGCUUUCACAAGGACCACAGCAAAUCAAUGAAAACCAGGAAACACUAAAGAUGCUCUGCGAGAUGAUUUAUGGGAAAAUUAUCAAUUCUACCAAUAUUUUCCCAAGCGAUCUAAAGGAAGUGUUUCACAGGAUUCGAACCCACUUCACUGAAGUAAAAAACAAGUCUGAUCUGAGUGACCGCUUAAUAAGUGCUUGUAUAUUUCUUCGGUUCUUGACACCAGCAAUCAUGUCUCCUAGUCUAUUUGACCUUGUCCAGGAAUAUCCUAAUGUCAAGAAAGCCAGAAUGCUAACCCUCAUCACAAAAACAAUUCAGGCCUUAGCGAAUUUCACAAGGUUUGGUGCUAAAGAACAAUAUAUGGAUUUCAUGAAUCAAUUCCUGGAGAGGGAAUGGAGCAACAUGAGAUGUUUUCUGUCAGAAAUUUCAAAUGACAAUAAAAAUGGGAAUGUUGUCAAAUUUGAUGGGUAUGUGGACAGUGGUCGUGAGCUUGCCAUCCUUCAUAAACUGUUGGAAGACACACUGUUGGAGUCCCACCAAAUUGAAGAAUAUGAACAAGAUAACGACUGCAAAGUGCUGUUUGAGAUUUUAAGGAGAAUUUCAGCAAUGCGUGACAAUCCAAACCAGGAAAUCGAAGUAAACAAGAAUCAAUUAACCCAUCAACAUUCAAGUACCUCAAGCAGUGCACUUGAUGGCAGUCCCCAUAGCAACCAUAAUACCCAAGGCUUCGAGGACAUUUUCCGCGAUGCUGAUCUAAGCCAGCAUGCGAUCGAGCCACUCCCACCAUAUAACAUAGCUUGUGAUAAGAAGACAAGCAUGCCAUCCGAAGUCAAUCGGUUGGUAGAUGCCAUACAGCAAGGGUCUCCAAGACACUCCAAUGAUUCGGACGUUGUUAUUGAGAACAAUACAAACAAUCAGUGUAUCCAAAAGAGGGCUGCACCCUCUAGAACAAUCUCUGAAUCAAAUAUGAAUGAAAAUGCGAGUCAUGUAAGCUUGGAUGAUAACAAUGAAUCAAAACCUGUCGCUUUAUCAUUUUUCAACCCAGCUUAUCAGUACACUUCACCGAAAUCGCAUGCACGACAUGUGACAACCAGCACAAGUUCAUCAAACAGUAGUAGAAAUGAACAAAAUGGAAGUUUGUCAUCGACAAUAGAUGAAGGAAUUAAUUCGAGCAGCGGGUCUAUAUCAGCAACGGACAAUCAUAACCAAGGAGGUGUACUAUGUCACACGUUACCUAAAGCAGCUUCCCGAUUGUCACAUACUUUUACACAUAUGAAUAAAUUAUGGACUGAGAGCCAGAGUAGUACAGGCCUUUCAAAAGUUACAAAUGUUCAAAGUAAGUUUGGUAGCAGCUCUGUGUCAGGUUCCAGUUCAAAGGUCAUUUCACAUUCCACAUCUUCAGUUAGUACUGAUUUAAGCAGUUGCGGUAAUUCAGAACCAUUGUACGAUAAUCUGUACUUUAGUUCUUCUGGUGCUACAUCAUCCGAGGCUCAGAGUGGCUUGCAAGUAGAUUCUGAUGAAACCCCCUCUGAUCAUUUCCAACGAGUUCUUGGUAAGAGUAAAUCAGCUUCAUCCAUUGGUCCAUCAUCUCCCAUUGCAGUCCAUCCUCAUUCUAGGUCAGGCUCUUCUGCUGAAUCUCCAUUAUCACCCAUCUGGGAAUCCCAUACACUUCCACUCCCAAAAAGCAGUUCCAAUUGCCAGGCUAAGCAAGGAGGUGCUCCACUUAGUCCUGUUCAACCAAAGCUUUUCAUGGGAACGCUGUCUCUAGAACGCUCCACAUCACUUCCAUCAGGGGAUAUCAUUAAUCCAACCAUCCAACCCUCAAGCAGUACUUCAUCGUUGCCUAGGAUCUCACAUAUUCAGCCGCUUGCUAGUCCUACAUCGGUUGCUCAUCCAUUCAGAAAGCACAUUCUUACGCAAUAUGCUAAAAAGCCUGUAAAAGCAAACUCCUCUGCAUCAUCCUCACGAACGACCACUCCUGUACCUGACUCAUCUCAUAAUAACACGCCAAUCGUCAGUCCUACUAGCUCAAUCAGGAGUAAUGCUUUUAUUCUUCAAGAUGCUAAGAAUCGUUCUGUCACACCUUCAUCAAGUAUUUCUUCCAUAAACUCCUCUUCCAAUGAGAGUGGAAAGGUUCUGCCAGUAAGUCUUCUGCCGCUUACCCAUCUGUCAAGGGUUGAUGGUGAAGUAAAUUCUCCAACCUCUCCAACAACUGAGAAGAGAGUACAGACAGAUGGCAAGUCACCUUUGGAGUAUGAAAAUGAAAUUAAAGUUCUCAAAGAAAAGCUUGACGAGGUAACGCUGGAACUCCAUGAAACACAGAGGAAGUUAGAAGAGGAGGAGCAGAGGGCAAAUGCUGCUAUUGCAGAAAUGGAGGGAAAAGCAAGAGAAAGUCAAAUUCAGAUACAUAAACAGCAGACUGAGAAGGAACAACAAAUCAAAAACAUCAUAUCAAGAUUAGUUUGCGUCGAGGAGAAGUUGAAGGGUGAACAAGAGGAGAUGAAGGCUGUAGUAAAUGCCAAACAGAAGAUCAUAGAUGCCCAGGAGCGACGCAUCGAGUCAUUGGACGCAGCCAACCAUCGGUUGAUGAGCGCUUUGGAUCAGUUAAAAGAUCGUUAUCAUAGUCGUAAAGUAUCAGCAGAAUCGAAUAAAAAUGCCCCCAAGAUAUCCGUCAACGGCAACAUGAAAAGCAGCAACUGUUGAAUCAGGCUAUUUGAAAUUUGAACCGAUUGCAUUUGCAAGUGACUCUUACAGAUUCGAUGUGGGUGGGAGCCACGUCACAUGCAAUUACCAAGACACAUUGCAUGUGAUGUCAGCGAGUCUGUAUCAGGAUCUAAAUACAUAAAAUUAAUAAAUUAAAUGAAUGGUUGUAUAAAAAAUGAGUGUAUGAUAAAUGUAUAAUAUAAAAUGAAUGUGUAAUUGAUGAAUAUAUAAUAAAUAAGGCUGCACACUUCAUGAAAGCAAGCUGUAGAAUGAAGAGAUUAUCUUUAUUUAGGAAGAAUUAUUUGAUUGUGAGCCAUCCAAAAAUAGAACAAGAUUUUGAAACAUCUUUGACAGCCCGAGAGAGACACUUUAAGAUGAUAAAAAACAAGGUGUGAUGGGGAUAUACAUCAAACAUUUAUAGGUACAAUUUUUGGGAAAU